AUGUUGUGGGACCUGGUAGGAGAGGGCAGAAGAGUUAAGCUCCUGGGUCCCCCAACCCCCAGACUAUACUGUGAUCCCCUCCUGCCUGCAGAUGCAGUGAGCCUGGCCUACCAGCGUGUCCAGAAGGUGGACUGCACCUCCCUGCGGCCUGUUCUUAUCCUGGGCCCACUCCUGGAUGUGGUGAAGGAGAUGCUGGUGAACGAGGCUCCCGGCAAGUUCUGCAGAUGCCCCUUGGAGGUGAUGAAGGCCUCCCUGCAGGCCAUCGAGCGAGGCGUCCGAGACUGCCUGUUUGUUGACUAUAAGCGGCGGAGCGGCCACUUUGACGUGACCACGGUGACCUCCAUCAAGGAGGUCACGGAGAAGAACAGGCACUGUCUCCUGGACAUCGCACCCCAGGCCAUCGAGAGGCUGCACCACAUGCACAUCUAUCCUAUCGUCAUCUUCCUCCACUAUAAGAGCGCCAAGCAUAUCAAGGAGCAGCGGGACCCCGUGUACCUCAAGGACAAGGUCACGCAGAGACAUUCCAAGGAGCAGUUUGAGACAGCGCAGAAGAUUGAACAGGAGUACAGCCGCUACUUCACAGGGAUUGUCCAGGGUGGUGCCCUCUCAAGCAUGUGUGCCCAGAUCUUGGCCAUGGUGACUCAAGAGCAAAGCAAAGUAUUGUGGAUUCCCUCCUGUCCGCUCUAGGGAGCCUGAGGAGCAUCGCCAGCAGCUCUCGUCCAAGCUGGGUGUAUGGAUGUGCUGGGGAAGAGCCGUGGGCUCAACGGGGCCAGGCUGACAGACAGACAGAUGGCUGUCUGAAGAUGGGCCCCAGCUAACAACAGACACUUCCUCUCACACUUGUGCUUUAAGACCAAACCAAGCAAACAAAAAAACAAAAAACAAAAAAGCCACCACCAACAAAAACCAACAAGAGCUAAAAGACUUCCUGCCUGAGUGGCCCACACCAGCCUCCCUGCCUCCUGCUCACAAGUUUACAACCUUUUCUAAGUAACUGGUGGUCAAUGUUUACUUGGAUGGCCCCAUGUUGUCCGCGCCUGGCCCCGCUUCUGCCAGCCACUCCCCGAUGUCAUUUGGAUGUUGGUCUUGUCCUUGCCUUUUUCAGCUCAAUGACUUUGGAACCUCUGUCAUGGGAGAAGUCACCAGAUUGGGGGAGGGGGACAGACCAGAGCUUCUGGAUGGGCCCAGUUCUUCCAUGGUUUCCACCUUCUGGAAGCUGGGCUGUUUGUGUGCCUGCAGGACAAAGCUGGGCUGCUUCUCUCUCCUGAACCUACCUGGGCAGGCAGCUUGGACCAGUUGGUCCAAUGUGCCCAUUCAACCUCUUCCUCUUCCU